UCUCUGUCCCCAUGAGAACCUUCAAUCAAGCAUUUACCACUAUGCAUUCCUUCAAAAGCUCUUACCUUAAAAGCUCCUACUUGACUCAUUCCUCCACCCGACGGUUGCUAUUGCCUACUACAGGGUGCUUUCGUUCUCGAUAUAUCAGCUCUGUGGCACUGAGCCGUUGGGAAGAUACCAAGUCUGCAUCACGUCAAGGCUCUCAGCUACGUUGGAAGUCUACAAGUAAUAACAACAAAGGUGAAGCUGGUAAUGAACAACCGCCGCCAUCUCCAAAGCCCUUUGCCGCCCUUACUACACGGUCUUCACAGCAGAAAGAAGCGUCAUCUGCAGGCUAUGACCAAUAUGAAUAUGGCAGUGGGGCUCCUGCAGAUACCAUGGCUAACGCGCAAUAUGUCAAUGCAUUUGAAUCUGUCAGUGCCUCUGUCAGUAAUCCUAGAACUAUUGUUAAGCACCUUGACGACUUUGUCAUUGGGCAAACAAAGGCCAAACGGAUAUUAGCAGUCGCUGUAUACAAUCAUUAUAACCGUACGAGGUCCAACGUCACAUUACAGCAAGAUGAUCAACAACUUAGGCAAGAGCUUUAUCCCCCUACUGCUGAAUUGGACGAUCGAUAUCAAGGAGAGCACCAGCAUCAUCCAACUAUUCCAUCUCAGCAGCAGGCAGAUUACUACACUCCGAAUGCGAAUGGCACAGAACUGGUUCCUACUGAUCGUAUCAUUUACGAUAAGUAUGGCAGAUUUUCGGUGGUUCCGCAGUAUAUAUCCAAUUCCUCAUGGCAACGACGAGGGUGGAUAAACCCACCUUCACAAAACUCUAACACCAACGAGAGAAGCCAGAAUGAAGCCAAAAUAAUGUCCGCCACAGGAGAAGAUGCUCCAACCUUGGAUAAGAGCAAUGUGCUGCUUGUAGGACCGACUGGUUCAGGAAAAACACUGUUAGCCAGAACGUUGGCCAAGGUUUUGCAAGUACCGUUUUCCAUGUCGGAUGCUACCCCGUUUACUCAGGCUGGCUACGUAGGAGAGGACGUUGAGCUUGUUAUUCACAGAUUGUUACAGAGUUGCGAUUUCGAUGUCAAGAAAGCUGAGUCUGGUAUCGUGUUCAUUGAUGAAAUUGACAAGAUUUCGAGAAGAUCCGAUAUGAACUCUGCGUCCAAAGAUGUCUCUGGUGAAGGUGUACAACAGGCAUUGUUGCGUAUGCUAGAAGGUACCAUCGUCAAUGUAACAGAUAAGACAGGCGCCAGUAGUUCGAGCAAGAAGCCACCGGCUGCUGGGGCUGGAUUGGGUCCAGGGCAAAACAACUCCAAAGGUGAAGUGUACUCUGUCGACACUAGCAACAUUCUCUUUAUCCUAAGUGGCGCAUUUAUUGGUCUGGACAAGAUUAUCAGUGAUCGCAUCGCCAAAGGAUCCAUUGGGUUCGAUGCUCCCAUCAAGAGCAGUGAAGAUAUCAAAAACAGUGGCGAAAAUGUACCUCAUAUCCUGAAUGAUGUCGAGCCUACUGAUUUAAUCAAGUAUGGCCUCAUCCCAGAGUUCGUUGGCCGUUUACCUGUGGUAGCCUCGGUUAAGAACCUGUCGAUUCGUGACCUUAUCAGAGUAUUGACUGAACCUAAGAAUUCGCUCAUUCGACAAUAUCAAACCCUGUUCGGUUUCAAUGACAUUGGCCUCCAUUUCACAAGCUCUGCCCUGGAGGAAAUUGCACGCAAAGCCUCUGAGAAACAAACGGGUGCUCGUGGAUUGAGACGCAUUGUGGAAUCGUUGCUUCUCGAUCCAAUGUUCGAGGCUCCUGAUUCACACAUCAAGCACGUUGUCAUAGACCGUGAGGUUGUACUGCAACGAAAGCCUCCCAUGUAUUUUACUAAAGAUCAAGUAGAUGGUGUUACUGCGGCCAUCGCUGCAGAUGACGCUGCGGUUGCCCAGAACAUCGUAGAUGAUGAUAAGAAUGUCAAAGUACAGAGGAUGACUCAAGUCUAAGCAAGCAACCCAUUUUUCAUAACGCAUUUCGUAAAGGUUAAAUGCUUGCUCUUUUUUAUUUUCUAUUGUGUAUAUCUUUUUUUGAAUUUCUGUUUCUUCUUUGCACAUAUACCAACCCU